AUGGCCGGAGCACACAAGAUUGGCGAGCUCUUGGACCGGUGCUCGGCGGCCGUGCACGUCUUCUACUUCGCCGCCAUCUCCUGCGUCGGGUGGGGGCUCCUCACGGCGCUCAAGGUGCGGGCGCCGCACAGGAGGCCCUGCGGCAUCGACAUGUUCUUCACCACCGUGUCGGCCGCGACGGUGUCGAGCAUGUCCGCCGUCGAGAUGGAGGUGUUCUCCAACGGCCAGCUCCUGGUCCUCACCGCGCUUAUGUUCAUCGGCGGCGAGGUGUUCGUGUCGCUCGUGGGGCUCGCGUCCAAAUGGUUCCAGCUGAGGGAGCAGAUCAGAAACAGAUCGCGCGUCGACAGCCACGACGACGUCGAGCUCGAGACGCCCACGACGCCGGCCGCUGGCGCCGAGUAUAGCACCCCGGUAGCAACCACGGCCACCGAAGCAGAGUCUAGCACCCCGGUGGUCGACGAGAAGAUGCUGCAGCACGAUGCGGUGCGCUUGCUGUUCUACGUCGUCCUGGCCAUCCUCCUCGUGGUGCACAUCGUGGGCGCCGUCGCCGUGGCGGCGUACAUGCACGCGGCGCCCGGCGCGCGGCGGACGCUGAGGCGCAAGGCCCUGGACGUGUGGACCUUCGCCGUGUUCACGACGGUGUCCACGUUCUCCAACUGCGGGUACAUGCCGACGAACGAGAACAUGAUAGUGUUCAAGCGGGACGUGCCGCUGCAGCUGUUGCUCGCGCCGCAGGCGCUGGUGGGCAACACGCUGUUCCCGCCGCUGCUGGCCGCGUGCGUGUGGGCGACGGGGCGCAAGGACCUCGCGGAGGUUGCCAAGAAGGGCAGGGAAGCGACGGGGUACCACCUGCUCGAGGCGCGGCGGUGCUGGAUGCUGGCCGGGACGGUGGUCGGGUUCAUCGCCGUGCAGGCGGCGCUGGUCUGCGCCAUGGAGUGGGGCAGCGCGCUGCAGGGGCUGAGCGCCGGGGAGAAGGUGGCGAACGCGUUGUUCCUCGCCGUGAACUCCCGGCACACCGGCGAGGCUACCCUCGACCUCUCCAAACUGGCGCCCCGUCCUCGUCUCUUCGUCCUCGUGAUGUAUCUACCUCCAAACACAACAUGGUUUCCAUUUGGAGAUAAUUCAACCACAAGGGAUCAUUCCACGAAGAGCCAGGGAAUCGGGUUUCUCGAGAGCACAGUUUUGUCACAACUCUCCUACCUGACAGUCUUUGUCAUCGCCAUCUGCAUCACUGAGAAGAGAAAGCUCAAAGAAGAUCCCCUCAACUUCAAUGUGCUCAGCAUUAUCGUCGAAGUCGUCAGUGGUUAUGGAAAUGUGGGUUUUUCAAUGGGCUACAGCUGCAUCAGACAGAUCAAUCCUGACCAACUUUGUACACAUAGAUGGACUGGUUUCGCCGGGAGGUGGAGCGAAUCUGGCAAACUCAUACUAAUUAUUGUGAUGUUCUUUGGGAGGCUUAACAGGUUCAGCAUGAAAGGAGGCAAAGCUUGGAAGCUUGGUUAGAUGCAGCACCUGAUACAUUGCAUGUUCCUGCGGUUCUGGAAUCCGAUGAAGAAUCCAUAAGGUCGUAAAACAAAGAAGAAAUGACUAUGUG